AUGCCUGCACAACAAUCCCUGCCUGCCGCGUACUACCGCGGGGGCACCUCGCGGGCCAUUUUCUUCAACCGAGAUGACCUUCCCAAAGCCAGGGCGGAAUGGGACUCGAUAUUCCUCGGCGCGAUCGGGAGCCCCGAUCCUUAUGGGCGCCAGCUGGACGGGCUCGGGGGCGGAAUCUCGAGCCUGUCCAAGAUCUGCGUGGUGGGUAAGUCCGAAAUCCCAGGUGCUGAUGUCGACUACACCUUUGCAGCGAUAGGUGUCCGUGACGCCAGCGUUGACUACUCCAGCAACUGCGGCAACAUGUCCGCGGCCGUGGGGCCCUAUGCGGUGGAUGCUAAGCUCGUGCAUCCCUUGCUACACGGCGGCGGGGACGGUCGGACCAAGAACCUUGCUACCGUGCGCAUCAACAACACGAACACGGGCAAGUUGAUCCAUGCUACAUUCCCCGUCGUCGACGGCGAGGCGGCUGCAUCGGGAGACUUUUGUAUUGAUGGCGUGAGCGGUACGGCGGCGCCUUUGCGAUUGGACUUUAUCAACCCCGCGGGCUCCCGCACGGGCAAACUUCUCCCCACAGGUAGCGCAGUGGACGUGAUAGACGGUGUUCGCGUGACUCUCAUUGACGCCGCGAACCCGUGUUGCUUCGUUUCGGCCGCCGACCUGGGCGUCUCCGGCACUCUCACGCCGGCCGAGAUUGAUGCUGAUGAGCAGCUUCUAGCCAGGUUGGAUAGGAUACGGCGCCUCGGCGCCGUCAAGAUGGGCCUGGCCAAGACAGUCGAGGGCGUCCCCGGCAGCGUGCCCAAGAUUGCGUUUGUUUCCGCGCCGCAUCCCGGCGAAUCUGCGCACGUCGUCGUACGGGCCAUGUCCGUGGGUCAGCCGCAUAAGGCGAUCCCUGUCACCGUGGCGCUUGCUAUCGCGGCAGCGUCCGAGGUUCCCGGAAGCACGGUGGCGGAACAUGUGAUUCGGCCUGCCGGCGACGGGGGUAGUGGCGAGUCUGGACUGGAGAUUGGGCACGCAAGCGGAAACCUCAGAGUAGCAGCGCAAUUUGACGAGCAAGGAGUUUUGGGUUGCCCGUAG